AUGGCGUCUUCUGCGGAUGUUCACGUCCGAAUUUGCGCACAAGAAAUUAUCAAAUAUGAUCUGGAAAUUAAAGCUCUCAUUCAGGACAUCAGGGAUUGUCCAGGACCUCAGUCUGCUCUUGUGGAGCUCAAUGCUCAGGUCAAAGAGAAAUUCAACAAGCUGAGGCUCAGAAUUCAGGUCAGGCCUCAGCUACACAUCCAUACGGUGCUGCAUCUGACAGUUUGGGUUUUUUUUUUGCUUAAUAUUGGAUCUGUGUCAUGUGAUGCCAUGAUGUUGUUGUUUUUUUUUGGUUUCUUCCAGGAUCUGGAGCAGAUGGCCAAAGAGCAGGACAAAGAGUCAGACGGACUGGCCAUCCAAACAGAGACCGAGAGCCAAUGGAAGCAGAUGCUGAGCAACCAGACAGCGUGGAGAAAAGCUAACCUGGCUUGUAAACUUGCCAUAGACAACAUGGAGAAGGACGAACUGCUGCAUGGUGGGGAAAACCACAACACCAGACAGAGGAAAGCAACCAAGGAAAAUUUAGUGGAAACCAGCAGCAACAUCACAGAAAGUCUGAUGUCUAUCAGCAGGAUGAUGUCUGAACAGGUGAAGCAGAGUGAGGACACCAUUGGCACUCUAGCCACCUCAUCCAGGACGGUGCAGGAAACCAACGAGGAGUUUAAAAGCAUGACAGGAACCAUUCACCUGGGCAGGAAGCUCAUCCUGAAGUACAACCGACGGGAGCUGACAGACAAGCUGCUCAUCUUCCUUGCACUAGCCCUCUUCUUUGCCACCGUCCUCUACAUCCUCAAGAAACGUCUCUUCCCCUUCAUUUAGUCGGCCGCCUGGGUCGGUCACCCGCUGGAUCUGUUUUUCCUCAAGGACGUGGGGACUGGCUUGGAAGGAGUUACCACAGUGAAUUGUAGGAGGUAUGAAGUAGAAGCAUGAACCACAUGGACUGAAACUGGACUGUAGCACACAGAGGCGGCGUGAAGUGGGAACGUGUUACUUUUUACGUAUAAUAUGCAAUAUGAAGGGUUGGAAAAUAUCUGAAGCUCAAGAUCCACUUCAGCAGUGAAAGGAGCAAAGUGAGUAAAACUGACAUCCAGAGUUUCAUAGAAAACAUUAAGAAGCCACAACCUGCCUUGAGUAGAUAUGGUUAUACAAUGCAUUGCCAAAACUUUGAACGCAUGUUGCAAAUGGUCACAGUUGAAGAAGGGAUCUGCUGCUUUUUAGCCUUUUCCUUGAUGCCUCACACUGCCUCCCUGGUGUUACAGUAAGGACUCCCGGGUUUUUUGAGUGACUCCAUUAUCUUAAUGUGACCAUUUCUAUCAUUCUGGAUGAUGGUUCUUUUUCAGAAAGCCUGAACUUGAGGAAAUUCAUGUGUUUACAUUGAAAUUUACAUUAAAUUGAAGUAAAUACAGAGCUUAAA